AUGGACAGUACGCCAGAAGUAGACAACGUCCAGAGAUUUAACUACAUUGUGACAACUUGGGUUGAUGAUGAUGCAAGAUUCCCCAUCCCUCUAUGGAAUCACCACCGCAACGUUGGGCCUCGAACGAAUAAUAAUCUUGAAGGCUUCCACUACCGUAUGAACAAGACUCUGACACACCAUCAUCCAAACAUCUAUCGCUUUGUAGAGCUGCUCAAGCAGAUUGAGAAGUCUGAAUCUGCCAAGAUGCGCCAAAUCAACUUCGGUGCUGCCAUCCAGGGAAGAAAGCGAGUGUAUCGUGAAAAAGAAAACAGACUUGUCCGAUUGUGGGAUCAACUUGAGUCAGGUCAGAAAAACUCUGUUCAAUUUCUGGAUGCUGUUGGCUACCUCUACCCAACUGACCAUUAA